AUGUCGCUCUCCAACAAGCUCUCCAUCUCUGACGUUGACCUCAAGGGCAAGCGGGUCCUCAUCAGGGUUGACUUCAACGUCCCCCUCGAUGAGAACAAGAACAUCACCAACCCCCAGCGCAUUGUCGGUGCUGUCCCCACCAUCAAGUACGCCAUCGACAAUGGCGCCAAGGCCGUCAUCCUGAUCCUGAAGCCCGUCGUUGGCGAGCUUGAGAAGCAGCUUGGAAAGUCGGUGCAGUUUGCCAGCGACAGCGUCGGCCCCGAGGUCGAGGAGCUCGUCAACAAGGCUUCUGACGGCGCCGUUAUCCUUCUCGAGAACUUGCGCUUCCACGCCGAGGAGGAGGGCUCUUCCAAGGACAAGGAAGGCAACAAGGUCAAGGCCGACAAGGCCAAGGUCGAGGAGUUCCGCAAGGGCCUCACUGCCCUUGGUGAUGUCUACGUCAACGAUGCCUUUGGCACUGCUCACCGUGCCCACUCUUCCAUGGUCGGCGCCCUCGAGAACCCCAAGCGUCCUUUCCUUGCCAUCCUCGGCGGCGCCAAGGUCUCGGACAAGAUUCAGCUCAUCGACAACCUCCUCGAGAAGGUCAACACCCUCAUCAUCUGCGGUGGCAUGGCCUUCACUUUCAAGAAGUCUCUCGACAACAUGGCUAUCGGUACUUCCCUCUUCGACAAGGCCGGCGCCGAGACCGUCCCCAAGCUCAUGGAGAAGGCCAAGAAGAACAACGUCAAGGUUGUCCUCCCCGUCGACUACAUCACCGCUGACAAGUUCGACAAGGAUGCCGAGACGGGCAAGGCCUCGGAUUCCGAGGGCAUCCCCGACGGCUGGAUGGGUCUCGACUGCGGCGAGGAGUCGAUCAAGCUCUUCAAGCAGACCAUCGACGAGUCCGAGACCAUUCUCUGGAACGGCCCCACCGGUGUCUUCGAGUUUGACAAGUUCGCCAAGGGCACCAAGGCCACCCUCGACGCUGCCGUCGCCGCCGCCCAGUCUGGCAAGAUCGUCAUCAUUGGUGGUGGUGAUACCGCUACCGUCGCUGCCAAGUACGGCGUCGAGGACAAGCUUAGCCACUCCGUCACCCGAGACAAAGACGACAACAUUGGAUAG